AUGUCAUCAACCAGAUAUGUCGAGCGCCCAAUCCCCCAGAUUUCCCUCGCGAACUUCGAAAAUCGAAUCGAUGAAAUCACCUCAGAAUUAGUGAGCGCGGCAGAAAAUGUGGGCUUCUUCACUCUCAUCGAUCACGGUCUUUCAAAGCAAGACAUCGAAUCUAUCUUCGCGACAUCUAAGAACUUCUUCGACCUCCCCGAUGAGACAAAGAAAACCGUACCCUGGAAUUCCAACAAUGUGGGAUGGGAAAAGAACUCACAGAUUCGUCCAUCCACCGGAAAACCCGACAGCAAGGAGUCAUAUCAGCUGCAAUUUGGGGACAACAUGAAGGGAUUAUGGCUUGCAGACGAGCAUCUCGCAGGGUUCGAAACUACUUCCCUGGAGUUCAUGCACCGCGUGCAGAAAAUCUCUGAAAACCUAAUGCGAUGCUUCGCGCGAGGUCUGGGAUUCCCCGAUGACUUCUUCAUCAAGUGUCACGAUGUGACUCGACCAGAUUCCCAGACCACUAUGCGACUACUUCAUUACUUUGCUUUGCCGGAAGUAUCAGAUGGCAAAGUGUAUCAUCGCGCUGGGGCACAUGCCGACUGGGAUUUUCUGACGUUGCUCUUCCAGAAGGAAGGGCAGAGUGGGCUGGAGAUUUGUCCGGGGCGCGAAUCGGUCACCGAGUUUGGUAUUGGGGACGAGUGGACCAAGGUGGAGGCGAAGACGGGGGAAAUUGUUUGCAAUAUUGGGGACUUACUCAUGUCUUGGUCGGAUGAUCGGUUUAAAUCCACUUUUCAUCGCGUUAAGGCGCCGUGUGAGGCGGGUGAUUAUUUUGGGGAUCGGUAUAGCAUUGCAUACUUCAACCAGCCGUGCAAGGAUGCGUUGAUCCAGGGACCUCGGAAGAAGUAUCCAAUGGUGACCGGGGCUCAGUUUACCGAUAGUGCGAUGAAGAGGAACUUUGCUGCUUUGCAGGAGAAGUUGAAAUCUGUCGCAUCGGCAUAA